UUUAUAUCACACGUCUUACUUGUUUUCGUAUACGGAGUUAGUAUAUAAAGGCUUAUGGUUCUCGUCAAAACCAUUCGCUUCACUAGCGGAAUACCUCAAUAAACCGGAAAAUGUUCACAAAGGUUCUUGUACUCUUUGCUGCCGUCGCAGCUACACAAGCUAGUGGGCUUAUCGGAGCCGGAUAUGGAUUGGAAGCCGGAUAUGGAGCAGGCUAUGGAUUAGUCGGUGCACCAGCUCUUGUUGGAAAGGCUGUUGUUCCUGCAGUCUCCUCCUCCAAAACUGCCAUCAACCAUAUUGCUCCUAUGGGAAUUGCUGCUGCUCCCGUUGCCUUGGCUGCUGCCCCCGUUGCUGUAGCUGCUGCUCCACUGGGUCUUGCUGGACGUGGAAUCGCCACCGCUCCUGUCGCUUAUGGAAAUGGGCUGAUCGGUAACGGUCUUCUCGGUGCCGGUAUUGUAGGCCAUGGAGUUGCUGCUGCUCCCCUUGCUUAUAGAAAUGGACUGAUCGGUAACGGUCUUCUUGGUGCCGGUGUAGUAGGCCACGGAAUUGCUGCUGCCCCCCUUGCUUAUGGCAAUCAACUUCUUGGAUUGGCAGCGGGAAAUCUAGCUCUUGGUGCCAAGGCAAUCUUGUAAAAAUCUUAUGCUAUAAAUUGUUUGUAGAUGUCCUGAAUUAAGUUAUUAUUCAUGUUAAAAUAAAUUACAAGUUCUAGAUAUCA